AAGGAAGUCUGAAGGAAGGUGCAGAUUUUUUCCGGCUGCGUACUUUCAAAUUCUAGCUCACUCAAGCUGGUUUCUCCAUUCUCCUACCUACCUUUCAGUCAAAUAAAAAACUCGUUAAAAAGUAUGCGAAGACCAUUUAGUAGCAGAAGAUUUUCUUAUGUGGCACACAAUAUACCAUCAUAUUCAGGUCCAAGUUGCUGCUUCACGGUGAAAUUAAUAUGGAGGCUCCCCUAUGCAGUGAACCCAGGUGGACAAGUGAUAGCUGUUCCGUGUUUCCGUGAAGACCAGUAUCGCUCAGGUUUCUGCCCCCACCUCCCUUACAGGCGAGGGGAGGAGAAAAAGGAAGUGAAUUAUAAAAACGACUUCCACCUCUCCACUGUAACUACUACAGCCGGUGACUCCGCAUGCGGCCGCAGCCUCCACCGGGCACACCGGUUCCAGUCUGCGGCAUGUCGGCCGGCGGCUGCGACGGGGCGGCGGACUGGCCAGCAGAUGUCUCGGAUGGCUCCUCGCUGCCCGCCGUCGAGCUGCCAAGGAAACGGAAGGGAGAUAUGGAGGAGAGGCUUAGCAUGGACUGUAAGAUGGAAGAUGACCUCAGCAGAUCUGAAGAAGAGGAUCAGCAAGUCAAAAUAAAAUGCUUCAGGGAACCUCACCGACAGAUAGAGAAGCGGCGUAGGGACAAAAUGAACAACCUGAUAGACGAGCUGUCGGCCAUGAUCCCCGCCUGUCAGCCCAUGGCGCAGAAGCCGGACAAACUGACUGUGCUGCGGAAAGCUGUGCAACAUCUGAAAGCCCUCAAAGUCGGGACCAGCAGCGCAUUUGCAGACUCGACCAACAAGCCCUCCAUCCUGCCCCAGGACGACCUCAGGCAACUUCUGCUCAGGCAGGCUGCGGACGGCUUCAUGUUAGUAGUAAGCUGUGACCGGGCUAAAAUCCUCUUCAUCUCCGAGUCUGUCUCCAAGAUCCUCAACUUCAGCCUGUUGGAGCUGACUGGGCAGAGCUUGUUUGAUUUAAUUCAUCCCAAAGACAUCAACAAGGUGAAGGAACAGCUGUCAUCUUGGGAGUAUCCACAGGAACACAUGAUCGAUGCUGCCACUGGGCUUCAGGUCCAGACGGAUGCCCCCAUCAAGCCGACCCACUUGUCCUCUGGAGCUUGGAGAUCCUUCUUCUGCCGGAUGAAGCACAGCCGGGUGGCGGGGAAGCAGGAGGAAAAGCACCAGCUGCCCUGUACUGCUAAAAAGAAAGACACCUCCAGAUACUGCACCCUGCACUGCACUGGAUACAUGCGGAGCUGUCCGAGCAGCCAGCUGGAUUCAGAAGGGGACGCUGAGACCCCCAGCCUGAGCUGCCUGGUGAUGCUGUGCCGGCCCCUCCCCCACGGCUCCCCCCAGUCUCCCAAACACAUCAACGCCAAGCCCUCUGCGUUCGUUACCCGCUGUGCCAUCGACGGGAAGUUCACUUUUGUAGAACAACAAGCCACCACAGUCAUCGGUUAUCUGCCGCAGGAAGUUCUCGGCACGUCGUGUUACGAGUACUUCCACCAGGACGACCUGCAGCACCUCGCAGAGAAACACAGGCAAGUUCUUCGAAGCAAAGAGAAGAUUGAGACGCAGUGCUACAAGUUCAAAACGAAAUACGGCUCCUAUGUUUCCCUCCAGAGUCAGUGGUUUAGUUUCACAAACCCAUGGACUAAAGAAGUUGAGUUUAUCGUGUCUUCAAACAGGGUUAUGUCCAGGGGGCCCGGCCACAUAAAAGACGAGGAAGCAGGCCGCCUGAAAGCUAUGCAAGAGGAGAUACCCAUAAUUCCCAGCCUUUCCAAUGGUGUGGGCACGAUGAUCUACGCAGGCAGCAUAGGGACCCAAAUUGCAAAUGAACUCAUCGACUCAUACAGCAGGGUUAACUCCUCUCCGUCCAGCGGAGCUUCCAGUCCGUUUGGCUCGACCAAUGAGAAAUGUCCCCUGGUGUCUCCACCAAUCAGCACCAGUGCGUCCAGCGGAGGGGGGGCAGCAAGCAGCUCAUCACAGUCUGACUCCAGGACAGCAGCUGGCGCCAGCAGUGCGACUGCUGACAGUUCAGGCCAGGUGUCUCAGCUGGACCUGGAUGGCAUGGUGGUGCCGGCGCUGAGCAGCUUCAGCAGCGACGAGGCAGCAAUGGCCGUCAUCAUGAGUCUGCUGGAGACGGAGGUAAACGUGGGUCAACCGGGGGACUACGAGGACUUACACUGGCCUUUCUAAAGAGUGCACAGACUUUAAACUCUUACCAGCUGGGGGCCGUUUCCUGCUGGGAACCCUCAGCGGAUGUUUUAUUCUGCGUCUGACUCGGAUGACUACAGCUGACCUGCUGGAAUUCUACCAAAGACUCCACCAUGUACUAACAAGAUUUAAUGGGAUUUAUUGUUACUGUAAUUACCUUGUUGGCCCCCUUUGUCUCUCACCUGGUUGUGAGGUUCAAGUUUCCCGGAGCUUGUUGGGAUUUAGUGUAUUCACGGACAUAUCAGCGUCCUCAGAAGGGUUCGAGCCCAAUGAGUGAGCAUUGUCUGGAGGAGGAUCCCACUCCGCUGUGUGCAGUGCUGCUAGAGAAACGCCUCUAAUGCACGUUUCCUUUUUUAAGUAUCUGUUUUCAUAUGAAAUGUGCACUUAAGGGCCAUGCCUUACUGUGUUCGCAUAUCACAUUAUUCCACUGAACUCCUGGGAAAAUAUGAAACGGCCAUCGUCUCAACAAGGACAUGCUAACAUGUUUUAGACCAGAGGUUAUUACCGUCGUUUAUACCCUUUCUUCUAACCCGUAAACCUUUUGAAACAACCCAACACUGCACUGAGUAUGAACAAACUGUUUAUCUCCAAAUGUCCAAUCACCACAACAUCCUCUAAAAGGAAAUGAAAGUUUAGCCCACUUUCACUCAGCUCUCCAGCUAUUCUGGAUCAGAUGUUGGUGUUCUUUUUGCAGAGGCCCAGCAGAGACACAUGUUCAGUCCCCCAUUAGCAACAAAAAGGCCUGAAUGCAGCCACAAUGCAGCUAAGGAUCUGAGCAAGCGCUGUGGCUAUUUAUUUUCUUAUGACCUAUUUUCAAAAUAACCCGCUUAAUGCCAUUCAUCAGGAGAGGGCAUGCUAAAGGAAAUAACAUUUGAUUUGACCCCAGAAUAACCCCUGGAAUGAAUGAGUUUGGAUUUCACUUUUACACUUGCCUUCAUACUGCACCUGUAAAUUGUUGGUAUAUCACUGGUUCCUCUAAUAUUGAAAGAAAAUGAUGAUUGUGUUUCCUUGAACAAAUGAUUACCCUGACAAAUGUCAAUUGUAAAUCAACCUUUAUUCGGCUUACACGCAAAUCUGUUGGAAAAUAUUUGCUGAUGCCACCAGGGCCAUUUAUUGAACACGCCCUGCUGUCACAGGACAACAUGAUUGUUGUGUGUGCAAAGUGUGGUUGAUGUAUCUGCUGUAAUAAGGAAUGAAGGUAUUUGAAAGUAAAGUUUUUUUCUUUCAUAAAUUGUCUGAACUCUGUUGUGUCUAGUUUAGAUAUUGUUUUAUAAUUUAGCAUAUUUGCCAGAGGCAGGAAUCUCAUGCAGUACUCCUUAUUUGCUAUUCAACUGAAUUCAUCAUUUGUUUCCAAAAUAAGCACAUUGUAAGGAACCGAA